AUGGCUUACAUGAUCCUUUUCAAGGCAGCCAUCACCAUUUUAACUAUUACUUUUAACAGAGUUUCUGCGUCAGAUCCAGAUCCACUUCAGGAUAUUUGUGUCGCUGAUUACAACUCAUCUAUAACUGUGAAUGGAUUUUCAUGCAAAAGGAACUUUACAUUCACUCCAGAAGAUUUUGCAUCAAUGGGAAUUGCACAACCAGGAGAACCCAACAUAUUUGGCACUCGAGUCGCGGUAGCCAACGUUUUUAACAUGCCUGGCCUUAACACACUGGGAAUGUCAUGGUCUCGAGUAGACUUCGAUCCUGAUGGUUUAAACCCUCCACAUACUCACCCUCGAGCCACAGAAAUAAUUUUCGUACUUGAAGGUCAAUUAAGGGCUGGAUUUAUCACUACGGACAAUGUUUUUGUUAACAAGUUGAUCACAAAGGGUGAAGUCUUUGUUUUCCCAAGAGGGCUCAUCCAUUUCAGCUUUAAUGUUGGCAGAGGUAACGCAACUAUUAUUGUGGCCUUUAACAGCCAAAAUCCUGGUGUUCAGGUUAUUGCACUUUCCAUGUUUGCGAGUAGACCUCAAAUUCCAGACGAAGUCGUGGCCAGGGCAUUUCAAACUAGUGUUGAGGAAGUUCGGGCGAUAAGAGCAAGACUUGUACCUACGAAUGUGACCAUGGAGCAUAAUCAGGUUAAAAUCGAAGUAGGAAAUAGAAAUUCACAAUCAAAUAUGAGUAAAGAAUUGGAGUCACUCCACGACUCUGCAGAAAAAGACUUUGACACCAAACAAAAAGGAGAAAAUACACAAAAAGGAAGGGGAGAUACAGGAAUUUCAAUGGAGAUUGUAGCCCAGAUUGAAGAGAUGACAAUAACGACAACAACACAGAUAGUAAUCGAUACAACUAGCCCUCUUUACACAUAUCCUUCCGACAACUCUGGUUCCACACUGGAGGAAAAGCAGAGGGAGUUCAGGCCAAGAAAUCAGCUAACUGUUGAUUUUAUUACAGUGAAUGCUAAUCUAGGAGGAAGAAGCUUCAAAACAAAGUACUCAACUGGAAAUGAGAUUACAAACAACAAACCCUAA